AUGUGUUUACUGGUUUAUGCUACUCUCCAACAAAACAGGAGCUCAAUAAAAAAUAGAUCCUUGGUAAUGACAAGCAUGCCCACUGAGAAGCAGGAGGUAGUCUUCCAGCUGGUCAGAAAUCUGGGUGGUUUUACAGUGGUGGAUAAUGUGUGUGAAAGCACCACUCAUGUGGUGUCCGGCAGCCCACGACGGACCCUUAAUAUCUUGUUAGGCAUUGCACGUGGCUGCUGGAUCCUCUCCUUUGAAUGGGUCCUGUGGUGUUUGGAGCACAGGCAGUGGGUUCCUGAAGAGCCUUAUGAGCUGUCUGAUCAUUUCCCUGCUGCACCUAUAUGCCGUCUGCAGCAGCAUCUGUCUGCUGGGGAACAUCAGCAGGAUCUGUUCCAGCAUCAGCGGCCCAUGUUUGUGUCCCCACACUCCCAGCCCCCCUGCAACAGCCUGACAGAACUCAUUCAGCUUUGUGGAGGAACUGUAUGCCGGAGUGUGCGACAGGCUGGAAUCUUUAUUGGACAGUAUAAUGGCAAAAAAACAGAGGGGAGCUGCAGUCUUUCUGAACAGUGGAUUUUAGACUGUGUCACACACCUCACACUGCUCCCAUAUGAAAACUAUGUCUUGGAAUGAAGAACCCUGGAAUGUGAUACUCCUGUAGUUGUAAAAAUUGGCUUUGACUUUUUUUUUUUUUUAAUCUAUAGAUACUAUUAUUAAAUAUCUCUACUGUAUUUUGUGUGCUUGGCAACUUAGUGUAGUAGUGAUUUGUAAUGUUCAUGUUAUAUAGUCAGUUGUCUUUUAUGUUACUCUGUGUAUUUUUUUCCCCCUUAAUUUAAUAAAACUGUGAUUAAAAAA